GCUGAUUCAGCGUCUAUUCGUACUCUUGUGAACUCCAGUGUGAAUAUGGACGUGCUCACAUUCAUGAGUCUGAAGCAGAGUGUCAUCAACGUGCUGAUCGUGUCUGAGGUGAAGAGUCUGCUGGGUGUGAAUGUGGCCGAUCUGAAGACGUAUGAAAGCGCAGCACAGAUUCAGGAGUGGAUCAGGCUUCAGCUGCAGGUGGAUCUGGACACGCUGCAGAUCGGUCUGACGGGGGGCAGGAACUCCAGCGUCACAGAAACCACCGUCAGCACCACCACUACAGCUAGCAGCAGCACUAAAGCACCGUCAGCCCAGACCGGCACUGCCACCACCACAGCUGCUGGAUCCAGAGUCUGGUCACCUGUCUGUCUGCAGCUGCUCCUAUUGGCUGUUACCACGACGACGCUGCAGCUGCUGCACUGAUGACAUCAUCAUCAUCAAUGUACUUCCUGUCUCUCGGUCUGUCUUGUAUUUAAAGAGUUUCUGCACUUUCACUUUUAAUGAAGUGACAUGAACUAUUUCUGUGUGGAAUUGAUGACUAAAUCACUCUGGAUUGCUGUGGUCACAUCUGACUCAUUCAUACGAAGUUAAAGAUUCGACAAUGAAAUGCUAAAUCUCAAAUACAUUCAAAUAACUGAAAAACAUCUCAAUAAUCAAUAUUUAUAAAUACAAGGAUUUCUGUUUGCUUAUGUGAGAGAGACAGAUUGAACCCUGCGAAGCGUGAUCCAUGAAGAUCAACACACUGAAGCUCAGGUUACUCUAGGAGAAAAACUAAUUAAUGUAAUGUCAAAUUUUGUAUGGAUUAAAGCAUAAGAUAAAUAAUU